GGUGGGUACGAGCGGGGUGGUGGUGGAUCGGGGCCGUCGCCAUGGGGAAGUCGGAUUUCCUCAGUCCCAAGGCUAUCGCCAACCGCAUCAAGUCCAAGGGGCUGCAGAAGCUGCGCUGGUACUGUCAGAUGUGCCAGAAGCAGUGCCGUGAUGAGAAUGGCUUUAAAUGUCAUUGCAUGUCUGAGUCCCACCAGAGGCAGUUGCUGCUGGCUUCUGAAAAUCCUCAGCAAUUCAUGGAUUACUUUUCUGAGGAGUUCCGAAAUGAUUUCCUAGAACUGCUCAGGAGGCGAUUUGGAACAAAGAGAGUCCACAAUAAUAUUGUGUACAAUGAAUAUAUUAGCCAUCGAGAACACAUCCACAUGAAUGCCACACAGUGGGAGACACUGACUGAUUUUACUAAAUGGCUGGGGAGAGAAGGUCUCUGCAAGGUUGAUGAGACUCCAAAAGGCUGGUAUAUUCAGUAUAUUGAUAGGGACCCAGAGACUAUUCGCAGGCAACAAGAACAAGAGAGGAAGAAGAAACAGGACCUUGAUGAUGAAGAAAAAACUGCUAAAUUCAUCGAACAACAAGUUAGAAGAGGUUUGGAGGGGAAAGAGCUGGAAAAGCCAGUCUAUACUGAACUGAACAGAGAAAAUGAAGAAGAAAAAGUUACAUUUAAUUUAAACAAAGGAGCAAGUACUUCAAUAGCAGCAUCUUCUAAAACAAGCAGUGCCCUUGGACCGAAUGCACUGAAGAUGGUGGAAGGGGCAGUUAAAAGAAAAGAAUCAGCUCAUAGUUCUGGUCAGUCCAAAGAGAAAAAGAAGAAAUCUGCACUGGAUGAGAUUAUGGAGCUCGAAGAGGAGAAGAAAAGAACGUCUAGAAGAGACUACUGGUUGCAGCCUGAAAUCAUUGUAAAAAUUGUAACAAAAAAGCUUGGAGAGAAGUAUCACAAGAAGAAGGCAGUUGUUAAGGAAGUGAUUGACAAAUACACAGCAGUUGUGAAGAUGAUUGAUUCUGGAGACAAACUGAAGCUUGAUCAGACGCAUCUGGAGACUGUAAUACCUGCACCAGGCAAGAAAGUGAUGGUAUUAAAUGGUGGUUACAGGGGAAAUGAAGGCAUCUUGGAAUCUAUCAAUGAGAAGAGGUUUUCAGCAACAAUAAUCAUCGACUCUGGACCUUUAAAAGGACGCCGAGUUGAAGAUAUCCAGUACGAAGACAUUUCCAAACUCGCCUGAAGCGCUAAUCGUGGAUCAGAGAAGAUUUUGGUUCCCAAAAAUAUCUUUCUGGCAUCUUGCAGGCAGACACAAGACUCUACCAUGUCAGGGUUUUAAUUGCAUAUGUGUAUGUAUUUAUAAUGUAUAUAGAAAUUAACCACAAACAAACUGGAUUUAUUUAAAGAUCACUAUGGAUUUGUUACAUAAAAUGUUUGUGGAAAGCUUAUCAGUGGAAAUAUUUCAUCUGAUUCUAUAUCGAAGUUAUGUUAUAAUAUUUGGUUCAAUUUCCUUUUGUAAAAUACAUCAGAUAGCUGCAAGCUGGAGUAUUUUAUUUCCUGAAGUAUGUUAGCAGUUCCAUAAGAGAGAGAAUGACUUAGAAAUAGCUGCUUGCGGCAGGCAGUGUGUGUCGGAGCCAGCGGAGUUUAAACAACACACUUCUCAGUCUGCAGCCAAGAUUGAGUUCUGGCUGCAGGAACAAGGGAAGGGAUUAAGAGAAUAGCAGGAAGGUAACAGCGCUGCAAGGGAUUAUUUUCCUGGAUUUUGUAAGAACAGUCUGGUUUAUUAAGUGCUAUCACCAACUUAUUUUUGGUUAGCACUUCAGCGAUAGUAGAAUCCAAGUCAUCAGUCCUCCAUCAUCUUGUUGUCAGGGUUCCUAAUAAUACUAAUAAGCAAUUUAUCUUCAUGUGCACUCCCAAGAUGGAUGUUACCUGUGGGGUUUCUGGGAUGCCAGCCAAAGUGCGUGCAGAUACGAACUGCUGAUUGCUGUUUUGGUUUUCCAGAGCCAUUUUUUGUUGUUCGCGCUUCCAUUGUUUCCCUGCUCUGCUGCAUGAGUAACAUUACUCAUGCUAAAUGAUAUAACAUUACUUGUUUUUAUUUUUUUAAAAAUUGUCAUAUUUUGUACAAUGUUUAAUUUCUAAGGCAGUUCAGGAAUAAACAUAAACCUUUCUUAGGUCAGUGUAUUUAUUACCAGCCUUUCAAAUGCCUGAGAUGUCUGAUGGUUUAUGUCCACCAAAGCAUGCAGUGAGGUGCCUGGCUGGUGCACUGCCUUGUUUGUGUAAAAGAAGGGUGCCAGCCAUCCCAGGCGGUGUACAACCUGUCACCUGGUAGUCCAGGCUGCGUGUGUCUGCAACCCAAUGGAAGGGAAAUUGGUACCCGCUGCGCCCUCGGCUGAGGGUUGAAGAGGGCAGGAUGAUGUCCUGAUGUGUGCAUCAGGUAUGUUGCAGUUUAGAAGUUCACCAGGGCCAAAAGUCACUGUUCCUUGUCCCUUUCCUUGUCUCAAAGGUUCAUGUCUCGUUGAUUUGUGGUUUCCAGGGGACCUCUGCAGGAAAAGUGAAAGACUGCAGAGGUUUAGUGAAAGCUGCUGUCUGGAAUAGUCUGAAGUAACCUGACAAAGGACAGGGAGUGGCUGUCUAGGGAUCUCAGACACGAAUGCAAGGAGAGUCGAGCAGUAAUGCGGUAUCUAAAGAACAGAGAAUUAGGAGGAAGGGAACUGGAGACAGAAGACACACUUGUCUGUAAAUUCAGGGUCUUUGUGCAACCUGGAUUGUGUGAAUAGCUCUGCCCUUUCUCAAAGAACGGGGACUGUGAGAGGAGAGGUAUGUAAGAGAGUGAUGAGGAUAAGUGAAAGAUCAGAACAGCUUCUGUAUCACCGAAAAUAAUUGCACUUGGCAUUCUGGAGCCUGAAAAGUUAGACUGACUAUAAUAGACAUGGCAAGUUACAAAUCACGUAGAGAAGACCAGAGAAUGAUUAUUCACUGCUUGUAUUCACAUACAAGCUAGGAAACAGAGAAUGGAAUUGCUGAUUUGGGGAUUUUAAAACACACUUGACAGGUUUUUCCU